CGGGGCAGUUUAUAACUCGGACACAUAAUACACCGUGACACCGUCAGACAGUCAUGUCCACCGCGGUGCUCGUAGCCGCGGUAGUCGGCGGUGGAGUACUGCUCCUUAUGCGCCGCUUGUUCCCCGUCCAGAAAGCGGCGAAGCUGCUCCGGUUUCCCGCUGGCACCAUGCGAGGAAAGACGGUGAUUGUGACCGGGGCUAACAGCGGGAUAGGGAAGGCCCUAGCCGGGGAGCUGUUGAAGCUCCAGGCCCGGGUGGUCAUGGCCUGCCGGGACCGGCGCAGCGCCGAGGAGGCGGCGAAGGACCUGAAGAAAGCAGCCGGACCAGAGCAGGGAGAGGUGGUCAUCAAACACCUGGACCUGGCCUCUCUCAGGUCGGUCCGGAGGUUUUGUGAGGAGAUUCAGCAGGAGGAAUCCAAGAUCGACGUGCUCAUUAACAAUGCCGGCAUCUACCAGUGUCCCUACAUGAAGACGGAGGAUGGUUUCGAGAUGCAGCUCGGCGUGAAUCACCUGGGUCACUUCCUCCUCACUCACCUCCUGCUGGACCGCCUGAAGGCCUCGGCUCCAAGUCGCAUCGUCGUGGUUUCCUCUAAGCUUUACAAGUACGGUCAAAUCAACUUCGACGACCUGAACAGUGAAAGUAACUACAAUAAGUCUUUCUGCUACAGUCAGAGCAAGUUGGCCAACCUGCUGUUUACACUCGAACUGGCUCGCCAGCUGGAUGGCACCGGGGUCACGGUCAAUGCUCUCACUCCGGGCAUCGUGAGGACCAAACUAGGCAGGCAUGUUCAAAUCCCUUUCCUGGCAAAGCCGCUGUUCUACCUCGCCUCGCUGGUCUUUUUCAAGAGUCCGCUGGAGGGGGCCCAGACUCCACUCUAUCUGGCCUGCUCCCCUGAGGUGCAGGGAGUGACGGGGAAGUGCUUCGCCAACUGUAAGGAGGAGGAGCUGUUGGCCAAAGCUACAGAUGACCGGGCAGCCAAGAAACUGUGGGACGUAAGCAGGAGGAUGGUUGGGCUCGCUGACUGAGCAGACAGUACUCGGAGGACUCGUGUGUCCUUGGAUAAAAUGCUUAAUCUCCAGAAGCCCCAGAGACACUGUCCUACGAGAGGUGGCAUGUGAAAAGACUUGAUUGCCUCCUUGGAGACAUAAUUAUUAACUGAAUGACACAGCGUGCCAGUGAAAUGUGUAAUUGAACAUGAGUAUGAUGCAGUGGGUUGAUCCCAGAAUGUGUGAAAAGAUUUGAAUUAAAAUAAUGUGAAAGU